UCAUUAACACGAGUGGGUAGACUUAUCUUCAUGAUGGCUGACAAGCGAGCCGACAAGGAAGUUCCUUGCAUUUUGCUGAAGCGCAAGAUUGCCCCAAGGCCACAACAAGAAGAAGGCUAUGCAUCAGAGCUCACUGUGUUUGAGGGAGAAAUUGUAAUCCAGUUUCCUGACAAAGAAAGCUCACAAAUGGAUCCUGAUAUUCCAAGAAAUUACUGCCUUUACUCUGACAGGAGGAUUAUAUUUCACGCUCCUCGCUCGGACGUUGCUGAACUCCAGUCUGACGAGCUGUCAUAUCUUUUGCCAGUCCAGCCACCAAGUGUAAGAUUAACGGAGUACAGCAAAAGAAACGAGGAAAUGAAAGAGAAGAUGAAUCUCGUGGUCACUGAUGUGGUAAUGUUUACAAUGAAAAUGGAGGGUGAAACACCUGAGGAUUCCUUUGUAAAGGGAACCAUACGUUACAUUGGCUCAUUGGAUGAGAAUGAAUGGAUCUUCUUUGGUAUUGAGAUAAAGUCUGAGAAGUAUCGCGGUAAAGGUUCCUGCGAUGGAAUGCCUCAUUUUAAAUGUGACCACAAUAAUGCUGUAUAUGUUACAAUAGAUAAGAUUUUAAAGAAGUCUGAGUAUCCCAAUUCUCACUUUGAGCAUUCAGUGAGCCUUGAGUCAACUGGAAGUGACUUAGGUGCAGAAGGAGCAGUUAGUCCUGACUGUUCAUCUCAUCAGUCCAGGUUUAAAGUUGAUGAUCGUGUUAUAGUUUAUACUGUUAAAGGUGACCCUGUAACUGGUACAGUGAGGUGGAUGGGACCUAUAGACAAAGAUGGUUGCACUCUAUCAGUUAUUGGAAUAGAAACAGACAAAUGGGUCAUACGUAGGAUAGACUUCUCUGGAUUGCAUAUUGAUGUUGUUGCAAUGAAGGGCUCAAAACUCUUCAAAAUAACACUGGGUCACAGACGAAUAUUCAUUCCUGAACAGUUUGUACUUCAUUAUGAUGAGUAUCAGGAGCAGCAGAAGAAACAAGUGGCAAGUCAAGAAGUGGCAAAGAUAGCUAAUAAGUUUAAUAUAAGUGUGGAAGAGUACUGCUCACAAAGAGAACUCCUUGAUGAAGCAAGAAAAGAGAACAUUGAAAGCAAUGAGCAGGGGACGACUGAUGAUAAAAGGUGUCGUGAUUCGAGUCAUUCAGUAAGUGAAGGAUUGCAUAGAGCAGGAGGGAUAAGGAGAAACAGGGGAAUGAGUUUGGAUUCAAAAUUAUCAAAUAGUGAGCCUAUCAGUGAGAAGCAAUUGGAGAAAGCAAUACAGCAUUUAAGAUCUCAAUCUGAAGCUAAUAAUAAUGGAAAGGAGACUGGUACUUGUACUGAAGAGGAAGACGAUGAUGAUUUUGUUGACGUUUCAGGUUACGAUUUUUCUAGUUUCCAAGCUCCUUCAGGCUCAUCUUCUUUGGAGUCAUCUCUAAGUUCUUGCAGGGAGGAACUAAUGAUUGGGACAUUAGUUACUGUACCCGUUGAACGUAAUGGCUGUUCUUUGCAUGGCGUAGUGCAAUGGAUUGGAGCACUAACUGAUUUUCCUGGAUUAUUUGCUGGAGUUGAACUGGAAGCGGCAAUGGCUGGCUGUUCUGAUGGAACAUGGAAAGAUGUACAAUACUUUAGUUGUCAACCUGGAAGGGCAUUCUUUUGUCCAUUGCAUUGCCUUAAACCAGUUAAGGAUGUGAAAAAUCCAUUAUCCACUAAAGCACCUACACUUGAAAAAGUCCAAACUUCUGUUACACCUGAUUUAUUUUCUAAGUACAUUGGUGAUGAGCAUGGCAUCCAGGGCCACUGCAACUCCUGUUAUAUUGAUUCUACAGUGUUUGCCUUGUUCGCUUUGAGCAAUUCAUUUGAUAUGUUAUUCCAAGAUAAACCUCUUGAUGAAGUGGGAGAAAAGGUCAAACAUUAUCUUUGGCGAGGAAUAGUUAAUCCUCUGAGAAAAUAUGGAUUGGCCAGAUAUGAAUCUGUGGAGAGCUUGCAGAUCAUUUUAGAAGAGAGUUUUCAGCAAAAAGAGGAAACUGAUCCAGAGGAAUUUCUCACCGUAUUAUUUAGAAUGCUUCACAUUGAUCCUUUUCUCAGCUUAAAGCGGCCAUUUGGUGUUGAAAGAGAAUUUUUCAUUCCCUUGUUUUUUGAACUUAAAGAAAAUGAGGUUUCAGUGUCAAGUACUGAAGAGCUACUGGUUAAUAUGUUUCUUGAACAACAUAUAUCUUUCACAGAAGUUCCUUCUGAAUUAAUAAUUCAAGUUCCAAGAUUUAGCAAAGAAGUCAAAAUUUAUAACAAAGUUAUUCCAUCGUUGACACUUGAUCUUAAACCUCUGCUUGACCAAACUGAUGAUUUGUCUCUGUCCCCAAAGCUCCAGUUACUCUCAGUGAUAUGUAUUGAGACCAGUCAUUAUGUGUGCUAUACUAGGUCGGGAGGUAAAUGGCUCUUCCAUGACAGCACAGCUAAUAGAUUGUAUGAUAAAUAUAACAUCCCUGAGGUAGUUGAUGUGUCCCAAGAAUUACAGGAAUGGAUUUAUUCCUCUGAUGGUCGUGAUCGACUCAUUGAUACUCCUAUGAAGACUACACCAGGAUAUGUUCGACGCUUCAUUCAUGACAUCUAUAUGUGUAUAUACGUUGCUACAAGUGACAAUGCUAUAGAUAAUGUGCUAAGUGGAUCUUCCUCUUCAGAGUCUCUAGUUGGUGAUAGUAAAGGUGGCCCAGUGUCCAGUAGCAUACCAGAUCCAGCAGAGAAUAACAGUUCUUCUGCACAACAAUUGCCAGUAACCAACACUGAAAGUCAUUUGGAGAAUUUACUCAAAGAGGAAGAGCAAAUAAUCAAUGAAGGCAAUGCUAAUUCGCUCGUACUUGAUGAUGUUAUUGGCAGUCAAGAUGUACAGCAUUCUGAGUCACUUGCACUAAAGUAUGAAGAAGUUGUCAAGUUGUUAAAGAGAGAAAUGAAAACAAGUCGUGACCUGGCAAAUCAAGUUGAUCAGUUGAAACUGGAGUUGAAAGAUAGUAAGAAAAAAAUGAAUUCAAUGGAAGCUGAAAUGAAGCAACUACUGGAAGCAACUGAAAGUAGCUGGAAAAUCAGUCAUACUGAAAUAACGCUGUCAGAAAAUGAGCUUGGUAGAGGUGGAUGGGGUGUAGUUUGGAUAGGAGAGUUUCGAGGGCAGAAAGUCGCUGUGAAGCAACUGCAUAAAGAGAUUAACAGGCAUUAUCGUAAGCUCCUUGAUCGGGAAAUACAGACAAUGGCUCGUCUACAUCAUCCCAAUCUUCUCCAGUUUAUAGGAGCUGUGCUUGAUGACCCAUUUGGCUAUCUUAUGAUUAUCACUGAGGUAAUGGAUACCUCAUUACGUAAAGCUUAUGAGAACAAGGAGCUGACUCCUGACCCAUCCUGUAGACCAGUGAUUCUCUCCAUAUUACAUGAUGUAGCUGUUGGUCUAAACUACUUACACUGUCUACCUGACCCUAUUAUUCAUCGUGAUGUCAGCAGUGCUAAUGUACUCCUUGAGUCAAAGGGCCCAGGGAAGUGGAAGACAAAGAUAUCUGAUUUUGGAUCAGCUAAUGCAGUACAAAAUGCAGUCACAAAGGCUCCAGGUGCUUUAGUUUAUAGUGCACCCGAAUCAUACCAAAGCAUAUCUACACUUAAACGCAAUAAAAGAAAGCAGACAAUAAAAAUGGACUCUUUCAGUUUUGGCGUUCUCUUUUGUGAAGUUCUUACUUGCAGCUUUCCUGAAGAUGAUGAUACUUUUGACUCUCUUUUAGAAGAAGUUAAAAAUAGCUCAUCAAAUCAUCACAGUCUUAUUGUUCGCUGUAUUGAUGAUGAACCAGAUGUGCGUCCAACAAUGUCUCAGAUUAUUGAAGAACUAUAAUUUUAAAUAUAAUCAAGAGUGGAAAUAAUUAUCCACUCUUGAUAUAAUGUUAUAUAAUCAUUGUAAAAACUAUAAUUAUUUCCA